AUGCAAGAGCUGUAUCAGACCGUGGAUCCGAAGCAAAGCGAUUGGUUAAGACAAACUGGUUAUUACGAUUCCAAUAAGGAGGAUAUCCUUUUGAUACACGGUUACGCAGGUGGUGAUGACACCCUUCCAAUUGUCGUUUUAAGGGAUGCGUACAUUAAGAAUGGUAGUUACAACGUGUGGAUGGUGGAUUGGGGUGCUUUGAGCCAACCCCCUUGCUAUCCAGCGGCUGUACAUAAUAUUAAAGCGGUAGCCCGAUGCACGGGAAGUCUUCUGAUGUCUUUGCGAAGCGCCGGUAUGCGCACCGAUAAAUUAACAUGCGUGGGACAUUCUCUUGGUGCUCACACGUGCGGACUGAUCGCAAAGAACGUUCAGUUCCGGUUGCACAGGAUCGUAGGCCUGGAUCCGGCCAGACCGUUGAUUCCUGCAGGCAGCAGGUUGAAUAGUGGACACGCAAACGCCGUCCAUGUCAUCCACACGAAUGCUGGUCAUUACGGAGAAGCCGGAAGAUCGGGUCACGCUGAUUUCUGCAUAAACGGAGGGCGCGUACAACCGUUCUGCGAGAACGUCGGAUUCGAUGAACAGCUUUGUAGUCACGUGUGGUCCAUCUGCUACAUGGCCGAAAGUCUGCAUCCGGAGCUGGCGAGGAAAGCUGAGCCCUGCUCUAGGCGCUGUCCGACGGGACCAAGACCCGGACAUCGGAUAGGAAUACCGGCGCUUUUAGGGCAAAACACACCGUUGACCACUUCCGGUUCAUAUUGCGUUUACACCGAUGAACAACCGUAUUGUCCGAAGACACCGGAAGGACCAGGAGAUCCGAGAUGCUGCCUGGUUCGCGUUCCACCAGACGGAACAACUUCGAACUAACUCAG